CACUGUUGAAGAAAGUGUUUUGUCGUUGGAUAGCCAAGUUGCGGAAGUGCGCGCUCAGCAGAGGCUGGCAGCUUGAAAUGCAUUUACAUUAGGACCUUGCGCAGCCUACAGUACAUAUCGACCUGUAACAUGAUUUGUUGUUGGGGAUAUGAUAAUGAAAGAAUAUCUAUUCCACUGAACUGACACCGUUUCGAGUUCAGUAGCCUACCUGCGUUGUCCUGAGCGAGACCAAUCGUUAUUUUCAUGCGUCUGGAUUAGUCGGCUGGCGCGUUUACAGAGUUAUGGGUGCAUUACAGUCGUUACCUGAUGAACCCGAAUACAGAGAUCUCUCAGAAAAGACCGGCUUUUCCUUCGAGCAGAUUGGAAUCCUGCAUAAAAGAUUCAAGCAGUUGAGCCACAAUGAAGACACGCUGAGACGAGAUGACCUCAACACAAUUCCAGACCUGUCAUGCAACCCGAUCCGAACCCAAAUUAUAGAGGCCUUCUUCGACAAAAGAAACUUCCAUCAGAAUGGUGAGGGGACUGUCCAGGAGAUCAGCUUUGAGGAGUUCCUGGUAGUCAUGUCCCACUUCAGACCUCCAGCACUGGACAUGACAGAGGAACAGAGAGAGGUGAUCAGGAGGGAAAAACUCCGCUUCCUAUUUAACAUGCACGACACAGACAAUGAUGGAACAAUCACUCUGGAGGAGUACCGACAUGUAGUGGAGGAGCUGCUGUCUAGGAGUGGAGCCCUGGGGAAGGAAACGGCUAAAGGCAUAGCAGACGCUGCCAUGCUGGAGGUAGCCAGUAUCUCCAUGGGUCACAUGGAACCAGAUGAGUUUUAUGAGGGGAUCACUUUUGAACAUUUCCUAAAGAUACUGAAAGAUAUUGAGAUCGAGACAAGAAUGAACAUUCGCUUUUUGAAUAUGGACACGACGAACCUGUGCAAAGACAUGGUUUAAGAAUAUGGACUUGGACUGUGAGUUGGUGAUUGACUGGUUUGGGGCACCUAUACACUUGGACCGAGAGGCCCGAGGUUACUGGUAAGACACUGGGUGGUGGAGUGUCUUUGAAUGAGCGCUGGUACAAAACUGUAGCCUACUGUUUAGGGAAAAACUAUGCACUAAGGAUGUUGAACUGCUAUACGUGUGUUUGCGCCCCACCAUCCGCCCCAGGAAUUUCCUUAAAUAUUCCUCACCGUGGUUUGCAUUCACCCGAAGGCAAAUGAGAGUAAUGCCGCAUAGUUAAUACUGCAAAUUUCCAGAUGACCCGAACAUCAUCCUUGGGGGCUUUAACCACCAUAUUAAGACAAAAAAUUUGGGUAAAUUUCAUCAGUACGUCACAUGCCCAUCAGAAAUAACAACAUCCUGGUCUUAUGUUACGGUUCUUUUAAGGGAGCGUAUAAAUCCCCCCCUACCCCCGAAAUGGGCACAGCUGACAACAACUGCAUGGCCCUUAUCCCGGUGUAUCGCACAGCCCUGUGGAGGGGUAAAGUGCUUACAUAGCGGAUUAAGAACUGGACUGAGAUUCCUCCCUGACCCUUCAGGGGUGUAUUGAAUGAGUGUACAGACUGGGACAUGCUUAAAGAGUCGUGCUGAUAUUGACGAUCUCACUGAUGCUGUUAGCUCCUGGGUUUCAUAUUGUGAA